CUCAGAGCCCUCUGUGGCGGUGAGCGAAGUCAAGAGGAUCUCAGAACGAAUAACUUCAAGAUAAAAUAUAUACUACAGCAGACACGAUCAGAAAUGUAACAAUGUAAUAUCCGCCUCUGGUAUGAAGAAAAUCCGCAAAACAGACUUAAGCGUGGUGGUGUAAUCGAGUUGUCAUGGAUCACAGGGACUCUUCGCCACUUAAGCACUUUGUGUUGGCGAAAAAGAAGAUCAGUGAAGUGUUUGAGCAGCUGCUGGAAUAUGUUCAGGAGGGCUCAGAGUUUGUAGAAGAAACAUGUCGAAAUGAGGACCUGGAGCACAUAGCUGAUGAAGACCAGCUAGACCUGAUACAAGCUUAUACCAAGAAGCUGGCCGUCAUCAAAGACGUGCUGGCCCGCAGACAUAUGAAGGUGGCCUUUUUCGGCAGGACAAGCAAUGGUAAGAGCACAGUGAUCAAUGCUAUGCUGAGGGACAGGGUGCUGCCCAGUGGCAUCGGGCACACCACCAACUGCUUCCUGAGCGUGGAGGGCACCGACCAGGACAAGGCCUACCUCAUGACCGAGGGCUCCGAGGAGGAGAAGAGCGUCAAGACAGUGAACCAGCUGGCCCACGCGUUGCAUAUGGACCAGAGUCUGGACGCAGGCUGUCUGGUCAAGGUGUUCUGGCCCAAGUCCAAGUGCGCCCUGCUGAGAGAUGACCUGGUUCUCAUGGACAGCCCAGGAACUGAUGUCACAUCAGAGCUGGACAGCUGGAUUGACAAGUUCUGCCUCGAUGCUGACGUCUUCGUGCUGGUGGCCAACUCGGAGUCCACUCUGAUGAAUACGGAGAAGCAUUUUUUCCACAAAGUGAACGAACGUCUCUCCAAGCCGAACAUUUUCAUCCUGAACAACCGGUGGGAUGCAUCAGCCUCGGAGCCGGAGUACAUGGAGGACGUGCGCAAGCAGCACAUGGAUCGCUGCGUCAGCUUCCUGGUGGAGGAGCUCAAAGUGGUGGACAGCGAACAGGCGCCCAAUCGCAUCUUCUUCGUGUCUGCCAAAGAGGUGCUGAACUCCCGGAUGCACCGCGCCCAGGGCAUGCCGGAGACGGGUAAGGGCGUGGCCACCCGGUGUGUCCCAGGUGGUGCUUUAGCUGAAGGCUUUCAGGACAGACUGAGGGAAUUCCAGAGUUUCGAGAGAACGUUUGAGGAGUGUAUCUCGCAGUCAGCAGUGAAAACAAAGUUUGAGCAGCACACUAUCAGGGCUAAGCAGAUCACUGAGACUGUCAAAGCCAUCAUGGACUCCAUCAAUAUCGCUUCUGCUGAAAAGAGGGUCCGUUCCCUGGAGGAGAGGGAGUACCAGAGGGACCGUCUGGACUUUGUCCGCAACCAGCUCAACGUGCUGACCGAGGACUUCAAAAGGAGGAUCAAGUCCAUCGCAGAGGAGGUGGCGACUAAGGUGACCGGUGCUAUGUCAGAAGAGAUCUGCCGCCUGUCGGUGCUGAUCGAUGAGUUCCACUCAGAUUUCCAUCAUUCUCCACACAUGCUGAAACGCUACAAAUCUGAACUGCUUGCACACGUAGAGGAGGGAAUGGGGAAGAACCUGGCCUUCCGCUGUUCCAGCACUGUCAGCGCUGCUGUUGAGUCAUCCCAGAAAGACAUGAUAGACAGUAUGCGGCCUUUGCUGCCCCCUAGUGUCCAGAGUCAGCUCCACAUGCACUUCCACUGCAGGAAGUUUGACCUCAGCUAUGACCUCAACUGUGCCACUCUGUGCUCCGACUUCCAAGAGAACAUUGAAUUCCAGUUCUCGCUGGGUUGGACCGCGCUGGUCAACCGUUUCCUGGGGCCUGCCAAUGCGAAGAGGGCUCUGAUGAUAGUGGAUCAGAACUUUCAGAUCCCGCGGCCUUUGGCCACCAGCCCGACAGCCUCGGCAGGUCCCCUGGUCCAGGAGGGCGCACCGACACAGGAGCAGGUCAUGCUGUCCGUGGUUUCCAGGCUGGCCUCGGUCACGUCGCGAGCCUCCAUGAGUGUCAUUGUCAUCGGAGGAGUGGCGUGCCGUUCUGUGGGCUGGAGGAUCAUCGCCCUGUCCUUCGGGCUCUACGGACUGCUCUACCUGUACGAGAGAAUGAUGUGGACCACUAAAGCCAAGGAGAGGGCCUUCAAGCGGCAAUUUGUGGACUAUGCCAGCGAGAGGCUGAAAAUGAUCGUCAGCCUCACCAGCAGCAACUGCAGCCAGCAGGUCCAGCAGGAGAUGGCCACCACCUUUGCCCGGCUGUGCCAGCAGGUCGACCUGAGCGAGAAGGACCUGGAAGGAGAGAUCCAGAGACUGACCGCCAAGGUCCAGCAGCUGGAGACCGUCCAGAGCCACUCCAAGACUCUCCGACACAAGGCGACGCAUCUGGAGACACAGCUGGACAGUUUCACCGCUGAGUAUCUGCAGCCACAGCACUGAGGUUUUGGGAGUCUGCAGACCGGAGACUCGGUGCCAGACAGCUUCCUGGUGUGGACCCGCCCCUUUCCUUUACACUGCCUUUCUGGGCAGACUCAGAUGGAUCUCCUGCACCCCCCUUUUUCUAUUCUCAGCUGGGAUCUUUCCAGCACCGGACAAGUGUGUUCCUCCCAAGGAUGUGAGUGUAUAUAGGAAUGUGAUUCUGGGUUUUAGAGGUGUGACUUACCUGGGGAAAAUAAACAAGCCUAUGUAAUUCACUUUAAAAUAUAAUCAGUUAGAACCAUUACAGAAAUAAGUAAUGUAAAAAAGAAGGAAUUCAUUGAAAUGACUCAGUGUAGAGGAUAUUGAAAUACGGAGAAGGUGGUAUUGAAUGAACCGCUACUGAAGGAAUACUACUUUGAAGUAAUGCAUACUGUUAGUAAUGGGUGCAUAAGUUUAAAAUUGUGAGGACUCUGAAUGGGUGUUGCUAAUGAAGUCAACUCCCAGUGGUUCAUUACAUUUGUGCCAGCAAGUUGGAAAAAUUACACAACACAAUGUCCUGCUCUGUUAUAUUUCAUUUAUAUUAGCAAGAGCUAGACACAGGUGGCACAGGUUGUGAGAGCCACACCUUUGCAGGGUCAAUUAUUUACUCAAAUAAGUAUUUGUGCUCUUAUUCAGCCCAUGACAAGAACUAAAGCUUUUUAUCAAAUCUUAUCCUAUGGAUUCUUUAUAGCUUAAUAAUAGGCUUUUUCUCUAAUGUUCACUGCCAAAAAAAAUCCGAUGAAUAAAACCAGUGAGUUCAAGCAAUAGCUAACAGACAGGACUCUGCACCUGAAAUGGAUAGUAUGCGGACAGUGAAGCUAAAGCUGAAUGCAUGUGUGCUGGCAUUUGCUGAAUUACCACUAGUGUCAUUCUUACCUUUGUACAUGUUGUCACCCCUGUGGGACUAAUAGUGUUUGGGAGGGAGAGGAGUUUGUAUUCAGAAAACUUACUUAAAUGCGUAUGUAGUUAUGUAUUGUAAAAUGAAUGCUCUCACAAUGUCUUUUUUGAACCUAGCCAAUACACUCAGGAGGUCCAGCAGGAAGUUGUAUGCACUGCAUUUACCAAGUGUGAAUACGCUCAAGCAUCCUAAUGCAAACAGUGAAAUAGUUUUUCAAGGCAAGAUACUCUAUUGGAGUUAGUGAAUAUUGCUGUAAGAUUUGUUUACUGUAAGACGUACAUACAUCAGAAUUGGCAUUUACCUCUGCAGUGAAGCAUUUCAGAGUACAAGGAGUGCGUACUGAAUUUGCAGACAUCCGCGUCAAGCCUUUUUCUGGUGACAAGGCAGGCUAACUCUUGUCGCAACGACAAGGAAAAUGAAAACCCCUGUAGAUAGCCUUUUGAUGACCAAACUUAUUUUCUAUCUGUUCGUCUGUAGUGGUUUCUACAAAUCUGACCUGAAAGUUUGAACAAAAAAAAAAAUCUGAGCUUGUUCCACUUUGUAAAUUCUGUAUUUUACU